GCCGAUACGAUUUCCGAAAGUGGUCGCAGCAGUUGGCUCCAAAGCAGCUAUGGCCACACCGAGGGCCCGCCGCACAGACACGGCGCCAUCGGGAUUGGAAGCCUUCUCGCAAAAGGCGGUGAAGCCCGAGACUGAUGGCCUCGAGCUUUGCAAACAAGGCGUGGCACUUCUGGUGGGGGACCUGCGAGCGGAGAUCCAACAGGCCGUGAACCUCUUAAGGGGUGAGGCCAGUGCGACGAAGCAUCCCAUUGCGGCCAAGCUGCUGAUGGUGGUGGAGAAUUUGCAGCAUGCUGAGAAGGACGCUCUUGGGAAGAUGCGAGAGCUGCUCACACACUCUCACUGGGACUUGGGCCAUCGCAUGGAUCAACAGAUGCAGGUGAACGCGAUGUUGGGAGAUCACCUGGGCGCUGCACGCGAUUUGACCGUGGACAUCGUGCAGCGGCUCGAGGAAUCCAUGAGACGUUUGGAGGAGAAGAUGAGCGACACACAUGGUGCGUUGCGGUCGGAGAUCGAUGCGGUGAAGGAGAUUGUCACGGGCAUCUCUGCCCAAGUGGAUCGUGAAUCGCAGACGCUUCAAAGUCAAAGCACGCAGCAAGUGGCUGGCUUGGAGAGCCGGGUCUCAGAAGAAUUGAGUCUCGUGCGCUCUAACUUCGAGGAACAGAUGAAGAGCUCGUCGAACCAAGUCUCUGCUGCAUUGCAGCAGUUGGACCAGCAGACGCUCCAGUGCAAUGAAGGCAUUACCACGAUCAUCGGCCUGGAGAAUCAAUUGAAAAGUAUUGCGGACAAAGUCACCACUGAAGUCUUCCGAGUGCAGGAGCAGGAUGACAAGCAUUAUGUUGACCUGAACCACACCUUGGAUGUGAAGAUGGCCAACCAAGAAGAGCACAUGCUCCUGCUCGUGCAGCAAACAGAUGGUGUUGGACCCAUACAGCAGGACGUAAAGCUCAUGAAAAAGAAAGUCAACGAAGACAUUCGUUUGGUUUUGUCAGAGAUCACUCGCAUCCAGAAGGCCUUGCAGGUGGACUACUUGCCUCCUUCCACCGUGAAGGCGCGCGGCCGGAAGAUGAGCGAUCCCCACCGCAAGUCUCGCGACGAGUCCGCCUCAUCUGCCCUGGCGGUGGAAGCAUUCACCAGCACCACCCCCGUGAGCAGCAACCGUCUGGGCCUCGAGCGGAUCAAGUCGGACACGGCGGCGAGCGCGCCAAACACCACGUUCCACCGGGCGGCCGAGGCGCUGAUGGGGCCGCGCAAGUCGAAAUCCCUGCGGCGGCCGGCCUCGAAGGCGGUGGAGGUCGAGAGCGCUGAGCUGGAGGUGGAUGAUUUGCCACCGAGUCGACCUCAAAGCCCUAUGCAGAAGCGCUUCAAAGACUUUGGGAUUCAGGCAGAGGCGCAAUUGAAAGAUACCUUUGUACAAACCGAUGGCUCCUGGAAUGAGCUCACAAUGGAAAGGCUGAGGCAAGAAAAGAGGAAGAAAAGAAAAGUGACCAGCAAAGAGGAGACAGCGAAGAGCCAUACCCGAGCCGCCAAUUUCACUCCCAUUGACAAGUUGAAGGAGAAGGCCACGGCAGCUGCAAUGAAGAAGCAGUAUAGUGUCUAUGACUACUACAAGGAUGAAGGCCUAAUGCAACGGCUUGCUCGCCACCCCUUUUUCCACAAUCUCACCAUCUUGGUGGUGAUUGCUAAUUCGGUUUGGCUUGGAGUCGAUGCGGACUUGAAUACGGAGACCAUCCUGUUCAAUGCCCACCCAGCCAUCAUCGUGGGGGAGAACUUCUUUUGUAUCUAUUUCACGUUGGAGAUCAUCGUUCGCUUCCUGGCUUUCCAGCGAAAGCUGAAUGCUUUCAAAGACUUCUGGUUUAGCUUCGACCUGUUCCUCGCCCUUCUCAUCAUUGUGGAGACGUGGGUCACCCCUGUGUUGCUCUUAUUGACCGGAGACCUCAGUGGUUUACCCGAAGGCACCGUCCUGCUGCGGCUCAUCCGCCUGGUGCGCUUGGUGCGCCUCACCCGGCUCACGCGAUUGCUGCGGUCCUUCCCCGAGCUGAUGAUCAUCGUCAAGGGGCUGGCCUUUGCCACCAGAUCAGUGUGCGUCUUCUCCUUGUUGUGGGCCAUCAUCACCUACGCCUUUGCAAUCAUCAUGCGAUCACUUACUGAGGGCUCCACGAUUGGCACCACUUUCUUCAAGACCGUCCCAGAAUCCAUCAACACACUCCUUUUGCCUGCGGUCUUUGGGGCCAACGCGGAUGUGAUCAAUGCCAUUGCCAAAGACAACCCAGGGCUAUGGCCGAUCAUGGUCUUCUUUAUGGCACUCGUCUCCGUGACCAUCAUGUAUAUGUUAUUAGGCGUUUUGGUGGACGUGAUUGGCGCAGUGGCCUCCACAGAGAAGCAAAAGAUUGAGAUCACCUACAUUGUCGGACAGCUUCGAGAAGAGCUGGACAAGUUGUCAAUCAUCCCGGAGGACAUGGCGCUGGACCAGCUGGAAUUUCAAAAGCUGGUCCUGGAGCCGGGCAUCGUGCGGGUGAUGCACGAAUCUGGGGUGAAUGUGGAGGUGCUUGCGGAAAUGCUGGACUUGGUCUGGGAAGAUGCUUCCAAGGCGGGCACCCAGGCUAAGACCUUCACCUUCUCAGAGCUCGUGAACAUGGUCCUGGGAAUGCGUGGCUCCAACCCUGCCACUGUCAAGGAUUGCAAAGAGCAGAUCCGCGUCACCAACAGUCUCAUCAAGCGCUGCUUUGGCGAGCUCUACGAGGAGCUGGAAGACAAGUUCUAUCAGGUGCGCCAAGAGAUUCAGAGCAUGGACCAAGACUUCUCAAUCGAAGACUUGGACAACGUGGGCGGGUGGCCUCAGGGUGAAGAUCCAGAAGGUGAUGCUGGUGACGUGGAGGAGGCAGAGUCGCCGGUUCCACUUUCCUGAGGAAACCAGGGCAGCUCCGGCCCCCUGCGCCGGCGGGCAGCGAAAGACCCCAGGAAGAAUGGACGGCCAUCCGGAGAACGCGCCAGUCCCUGUUUCACCAGCCAAGCAUGAGCUAAAAACAGCUUUGCAAAAAAUGGCUUGGAACAAUACAUGUUGGCGGAGAAAAAGCAACGUGGUGCUGG